AUGAAAAUGAUCAACGAAUUCAUCCAGCCAGACCAUUUCAGAAUGGAAACACUGGCUUCGAUUCUUCCGUCGCUGAAGGCAUCGGAUUGGGCUGCCUCCCUAGAUCUCAGAGACGCCUACUUCCACAUACCCAUUCAUCCCGCCUCGCGGGACCUGUUGGGAUUUCGCUUCACUCUGGUGGUCACAGCAGUGGCCGCCCAUCUGAGAAAACGAGGUCUAAGACUCUUUGUUUAUCUCGACGACAGGUUGCUGGUCGCAGACUCAGAGGCCAAACUUCUGUCCCACUUAUCCCUUCUUCUGCAGGUCACCCAGAAACUGGGAUUCAUAGUGAACUGGGAGAAGUCGGAUCUCUUACCUUCUCGCGUACCCACUUAUUUGGGCGCGGUUCUAGACCUGCCAAAUCAGAUUGCCAGACCAAGCCCGGACAGAGUUCAGGCAAUCAUCUCUUUAGCUCGCUCUCUCGGAGAGCGCAGCUCUGUGAAAGCUCGCACAUGGUUGAGACUCCUCGGGUACAUGGCAGGCCUCAUCGACAUUCUUCAGGAUUGUCGCCUGCUUAUGAGUCCCUUUCAGAGAUACCUCUUGCGUUAUUUCAAACCGAGCGCAGACUCUCUGCUUCUCUGGAUCCCCUUGUCUCGGGAGAUCCGUCUCAACCUGGCCGCUUGGACGCACACGUCCUUUGUAGCGAAGGGCAAGCACUUCCGUACCCCUCUCCCAUCAGCCGCUCUGACCACAGAUGCGUCGCUUACGGGAUGGGGCGGCCAUUGUGCAGGGGAGAUGGCUUCGGGUGUCUGGUCGUUCCAUCACACCUUGCCUCAUAUCAAUGUGUUGGAGAUGAAGGCUGUCAUCAACUCCCUUCAACAUUUCCGACACAGGUUAGUCGAUCGAACGGUCCUGAUUCGCACAGACAACAAGUCGGUGGCGGCGUAUAUCAACCGCCAGGGCCGUACCCGAUCGAGUUCCCUCAACGCCCUCGCUGCGAAGCUUUGGGAGUGGUGCCGCCGUGCGAAGAUCGUUCCAAUUGCCUCAUACAUUCCAGGCAGCGACAACCUGAUAGCCGAUUUUUUGUCCCGGGGCCGGUGCCUACCAUCCGAAUGGUCGCUCCACCCGGAGAUAUUCCAGUCUUUCCAAGCCCUCUGGGGGCCCCUGGAAAUAGACUUGUUUGCCACGGCUCUCAACCGGAAGUUACCAACGUUCUGUUCUCGGGUCAACGAAACAAGCAACUUCCCUGGAUGCAUUCUCCAUUCAUUGGGGGGAUCGAAGGUGUUAUGCGUUCCCUUCGUUUCAUCUCAUACCACAGGUAUUGAGGAAGGUGAAGGAAGACCAAGCCUGGCUUCUUCUAGUGGCCCCCAAUUGGCCAAGGAGGUUCUGGUUUCCACAGCUCCUAGAACUGUUGGAGGGGGACCCGUUCACACUUCCUCUGAGAUCAGACAUAGCUAUCUCGGCAGGACGCGAGAGCGUUAG